CCAAGUUCCAACAGGACAGUUUUUACGUUACGUUGAGCGCCUCCCAGUGCAAAAGUCGUCGUAUGGCUGACACCCUUAGUGUUGUUAGUUAACUAAGGUAAAUACAAAAGCCUGCAGACCUAUUGUUCUGUGUGUCCGUAUACUCAAGGGCAAAGUAUCCCUCAUACCUGUACGUGUACGUGCAGUACACUACCCACAUGCGAUUGCAGCCCGCUGAUGCUCGCCCGCAGCAUCGUGGGCAUAAUUACCUUACGAGAAAAUUAAAAGAAGCAAAGAAAAGUCAAAGACCAGAGGAGAGCGCGCUCAGCUGUGUAUAGCGUAUACUUGCAAGUGAGAGAAAAAGAAAAAUCAAGGGACGCAUAAAGAGAAGCACACACUUUCGGCUUUUACGAUUACCUGACAGAUGGGGUCGAUCGCUCGGGACUAAGGCCCGGCAGUAGCGUUCAUCUCCCUCUCUUUCUCUCUUCUUCUCGAAGUUACGAGAUUGAGGGAUAACGAGUCCUUUCCAUGCGUCUUUGACCAAACGCUCUUUUCCCUCCAUUCGGACGUGGAAAUCUGAAAAUUAUAACGACAGAGUAGACAGUAGCAGCCAAGAUGUUGAAGCUACUUGGAGAAUUGAAGGGCUACCUUAAGCCCCAGGAGAUCAGCACCGACUCCAUGGUGUUCCGCCUGCACAACCAGUUCACGUCUGUACUGCUGCUUGCUUGUUCUUUGAUCAUCACUGCCUCCCAGUUUGUUGGCAAUCCUAUCUCGUGCAUUACACCUGCGUCACUGCCCUCGCAGCCGGUGAACACCUUCUGCUGGAUUACUUCGACGUUCACUAUGCCCGAUGCGUUCAAUCGUGAGGUUGGCCUCGAAGUCGCCCACCCCGGUGUGACCAACGACUUCGGCAACGUCAAGGCAAGGAAAUACUACACCUACUACCAGUGGGUCUGCUUCGCACUGUUCUUCCAAGCAAUAUGUUGCUACUUCCCCAACUGGCUCUGGAGUAUCUGGGAGGGUGGACUGAUAAGGACCUUGGUCACGGGUCUGCAUCACACGCUCGAGCAAGAGGAGACUCUUUGCAAAAAGAAAAACGUCGUCAUGGAGUACCUUAUCACGCAUAUUAGGACGCACAAUGCGUACGUGUAUCGGUAUUAUGCGUGCGAGGUCAUCUGCCUCUUCAACAUCCUGGUCCAGCUCUUCUUCAUGAAUAAGUUCUUUGAUGGCGAGUUCAUUACCUACGGGUGGCGCGUGCUCUCGUUUACCGAUGCGCCUCAAGAAGAAAGAUUUGACCCGAUGGUCUACAUCUUUCCAAGGGUUACCAAGUGCAUCUUCCACAAGUUCGGUCCUUCAGGAACAAUACAGAAUCUGGACUCUUUGUGCGUCCUGCCUCUGAACAUCGUCAACGAAAAGACUUACAUUUUCAUCUGGUUCUGGUUUUUGGCUCUUACGACUAUGCUGGUUGGCCUGAUAAUCUACAGAGCGGCCAUUAUUUUCGUACCCAGCGUGAGGCCAAAGAUCCUGCAGAUGUCCUCGAGAAUGCUAGAGUACGAGACGUGUCAGAGCAUUAGUCGAAAAAUCGAACUGGGUGACUGGUGGGUACUGUACGUGCUUUCGUCGAACAUGGACUCGCUAAUCUAUCGUGAACUGCUUCAGGAAUUGACGAAGAGGAUGAGCGAGCACAUAUCGCCCGUGAGUCCAUAGGGUAAACUCUUGGCCGCGAUUAGGCCAGACGAUGGAAGGUUCUAUUACAAACGCGAUGAUUCUUAGCAGAGAGUUGCUUCAUCCUUCUUGUUGAUGGAAAAGCAUAGGUAAAACUAAAGUAUGGCGUGUGAAGUGUAGUACGACAGGAAUCGCUUUCUGGGCGUGCUAUGCUACCCGACGAUCGUUACUAUGAAAAUCGAUCUAAAAAUUGAGAGAAAAGAUAGUAUUGAUGUACAAAAAAUUUUCAUAUAAUAAAUUUUUAUAUUAAAAUUUUACAAAUAAAAAAGAACCAAUUAGAUUAAGUAGAACUGUAAGACAGGACCGUUGUAAGCAUACUUUAUAUUAAUUACACUUGACCUUCGGAUUUGUAAAAUCUAUACCGAUUGAUAACAAUUUAUGGUGAUUGUUCCCGUAGUUGAAAAAAUUUAUUGCUACACCAUUCGUUCAUUAAAUAAUUUGACGAUCAACAUUAUGUUAAGGUUUAAUUUACUUUUAAACGUCUGAGGGUAACACGAUGAUAGUUGUGAGACUAAAAUUUUCUCUGAUUUGAAGUGGUUAGGAAAAAGUAAUUUUUAGGUGCAAAAAUGUAAGACUCACACGCUGAGUAGUCGAGUUUCGUGCGUUUUUUUUAUAAUGAAACUAUACCGAGACCACGCGUACCUUCUUUACCGUCCGUUUUAAAGAAAUAGUAGAGAGUGCGCACAUGUAUUUUUAUAUAAUAUAUAAAAAAUAUAUAUAUUAACGAAGGUUAUUAAAACAAGACAAAAAGAAAUGUAAGUGCGUGAAAAAUUGGCCUAAGCGUUUUCAUCACAAGUAUUUCUCUAGAUACUUUUUGCGAAAAAGACCGUGCCAAUUUUUCGAACCCGACUCUUUAGUCGUGUUCAACAGAAUAUUUAUGGCUAUAUAGUAUGUACCACUGGUGGUAUUCCUAUUGCUGUUUAAGCGACUUCCAUUAACUUUCAUGGAAGCUUGUACUAUAUUAUUAUAUUAUUACUCGAUUUAUAUUAUAUAUACAUUUAUAAACUCCCACGGCUGCUGACUCCUUUGUGAUGUUGAGUUUGGAGAUUAAACAGCAGCUUGUCGCUAAGACUGACACGAAUUGUAAGCUCUCGAACAUGAGCGAGAGUUUCUCUCGUGUAUUAAAUAAUUGUUGCUGUUGAAAUUAAAGCGAGUAAUGCGCCAAGCACAAAAAAAAAUAUUUAUGUGAGACUUAAAUUUAAGAAUGAAAGGUGGGACCAAUUGGGUUUAAAGCAUUAUAAAUAAACCAAUUUCAUUUAGGAUAUUAUUGAAACAAAAAAUUAGUUUUACUAAGUUUUUCUUCUCUUUUUCGUUCCAACUAAGUUAAUUAUAAAUUAAGCCACGUAGUUUUCUUUCUCUUUUCCUCUCAUCAAACUCACAUGUAUGAUUACUAUUACUAUAACUAUUAUCAUUACUAUUAUGAUUAUAAUGAUCUGUAAGAUUGGAGGAUUAAAGCUGAUUUGAAACAAAA